CAGACUCCAGAGAGCUAUUGCCAUGGCUAUUCCAAGAAUUAUUUGGUCUGUAUAUUCCACUGCAUUACUGGUUUCAGUCCUCACGGCAGUGCCUGCAAGUGUAAGUGCCAUCGGUGUCUGCUACGGGAGGCUCGGAAACAACCUACCUCAGCCCGGCGAGGUGGUGAACCUUUACAAAGCCAACAAGAUCGGAAGCAUGAGGAUUUAUGAUCCCAACCAAGAAGUCCUUCAAGCCCUACGAGGAUCCAACAUCCAACUGGUGGUAGGUGUUCCCAAUGAGAACCUUCAAUCGUUGGCGUCCGACCCUUCAGCAGCAAGCAACUGGGUGCAGAAGAACGUUGUGGCGUUCAGGCCCAGCGUCUCCUUCCGUUACAUAGCAGUCGGCAACGAGGUCAUCCCCGGCGGCUUGGCACAGUACGUCCUCCCGGCCAUGCAGAACGUCCAAAAGGCUCUGUCUUCCGCUGGCCUGCAGAACCAGAUCAAAGUGUCGACCUCGGUUGCCACGAUUGUUCUCGGGACUUCUUACCCUCCCUCUGCUGGUGCUUUCUCUUCUGCAGCGCAAACGCACAUGAACCCCAUAGUGCAGUUCCUAGCGAGAAACGGAGCCCCGUUGCUGGUCAACGUGUAUCCUUACUUCUCCUACAAAGACAACCGGAACCAGAUCUCUGCGUCUUAUGCCUUGUUCACGUCCACGGAAGUCGUAGUGAAAGACGGGCAGUUUGGUUACCGGAACCUGUUCGAUGCAAUGGUGGAUGCAGUCUACGCGGCGAUGGAGAAGGUGGGCGGAUCGAAUGUGGCGAUUGUGGUGUCCGAGAGCGGCUGGCCGUCGGCCGGCGACUUUGCAGCAACGAUCGAGAAUGCCAAAACAUACAACCAAAACCUGAUAAGGCAUGUCGGUCGAGGAACUCCAAGAAGGUCGGGAGCGCCGAUAGAGACUUACAUCUUUGCUAUGUUCAACGAGAACCAAAAGAAUCCAGAGCUGGAAAAGCACUUCGGUCUCUUUAAUCCAAACAAGCAACCAGUUUACCCUAUUAGCUUUGCUUAAGCCAAAAACCUGGAGAGGGUUACUAAACCUGUUCCCAUAUAUCCAUAGAAUAAAGCACCAGAAAAGCCUGAGAUUUCUGGUCGUUGGGUUAUGUCAUGUAUUAGAAACUUCUAUCUAUACAUAAGGAAUAUAUAGACCAUCAGAUUAAUGA